AUGGGGAGCUGGGCCCGAAGCAGGAACCAGAUGGAACUUAAUUCUGAGAAAGUCCCAAAAGAGGAACUAGAAACUUGCAUUAGUCUUUGUCCUCCUGGACCAAAUGUCCUGCUGCUCUUAGUGAAUCCUUCAGACUUCAAAGAGAAGGACAGCAGGUUUCUGAAGGCCACACUGAGCUUGUUUGGGGAGAAUGUCUUCAAACACUCAAUGGUCAUCAUAACUGAGAAAGAGAAUGAAACAACUUUUGCCUUAAAUUCAUUAAUCAGAGAAUGUGAAGGUAGAAAGUACAGCCUGACCAAAAAUGAUCACCAGAAAUUAAUGAUGAAGAUUGAAGAUAUUGUGAAAAAAAACAAAGGUUUUCUUACCAUCACUGAGGAUACAGAAAUAUUGAAAUGGGAACAGACCCUGCCUUGUGUCAACCUGGUGGUGUGUGGGAGAAAAGGAGCAGGGAAGACAUCAGCAAUCAAGGGCAUAUUAGACCAAACAGAGCUUAGUUCAGCCUCCAAGAUAUCAGAGUGUGUUAGAAACCAGGGAGAGGUUCGUGGACGUUGGGUUUCUGUGGUGGAGCUGCCUGCCUUGUAUGGAAAAGCUCAUCAGGAAGUGAUGGAGGAAUCAUUCAGGUGUAUCUCCCUCUGUGAACCUGAGGGUGUCCACGCCUUCAUCCUGGUCGUUCCAUUGGGUCCCCUCACUGAUGAAGACAAGGGAGAGUUAGAGACCAUCCAGGACACAUUCAGCUUCAGGGUCAAUAAAAACACAAUGAUUCUGUUCACUACAGAUUUAGAUCCUAAACAGCAAGAAGUGGUUACAUUUGUUGAGCGAGAUGAAGCGGUCCAGGAGCUCAUCCAGACAUGUGGAGGAAGAUUUGUUGUUGUUAAAAGUCGGGACAGGAAGGAGUUCUCCGCUGUGAUAGAUUAUGUGGAAAAAAUGAGACAGGAAUGCUACAAAUCAAAAACCCUGGCUGAAACCUACAAGGAUAAAGUCAUAAAACAAGAGAAAAACAUAAUCGAACUUAAAGGACAGCUUUCAAACCAGACACCAACAAAGGAUUUCAUUGAUGAGGAGGAGAAGCUAAACACGGCAUGUCUCAGGAUUGUUCUGAUUGGAAAGACCGGCUGCGGAAAAAGCUUAUCAGGAAACACAAUCCUUGGAGGAGACUAUUUUGAAGCCAAGCCAGCCCAACAUUCAGUCACAAAGCGUUGUCAGAAAGCCCAGGGUGAAGUUGAUGGCCGUCCUGUGGCUGUGGUCGACACUCCAGGCCUGUUUGACAAUACUUUGUCCUACGAUGAAGUUCAGGAAGAGAUGUUGAAAUGUAUGAGUCUCCUUGCCCCAGGACCACAUGUCUUUCUGCUGGUGUUACAGAUUGGAAGGUUAACAGAAGAGGAGAAAAAGACAUUAACACUGUUAAAGGAAGGCUUUGGGAAAAAAUCUAAGGACUUUACUAUCAUCCUCUUUACACAUGGUGAUAAACUGGAACAUUAUCAGAAAUCUAUUAAAGAAUACAUUGAAAAGGAUUGUGACGAGUCCUUCAAGAGGCUAAUUGAGGACUGCGGAGGAAGAUAUGUCGUUUUUAAUAAUUACAAUCAACAAAACCGUGCACAGGUCACAGAACUGAUCACCAAGAUUGACAACAUGGUAAAGAAUAAUGGCGGCAGCUGCUUCACCAAUGACAUGCUGCAGGAGGCUGAAGCAGCGAUACGAAAAGAAAUUAAGAAAAUUCUGAAGGAAAAAGAAGAAGAGAUGCAGAAAAAGAUUGAUGAACUAAUAAAAAGUCAUCAGAAAGAAAAAGAUGACAUGGAGAAGCAAAAAAUAAAAGCUGAACAAGAAAUGAAAGAAAAAGAUACAAAAAUAAAGGAAAUUGAGAAAACCCUCCAAAAGGCUAAAGAAGAUCAGAAGAAAGAACAAGCAAGGAGACAAGAAGAAGAAAGGAGACUGAAAAUUCAGAGCGAGGAAUGGGAGAAAAAAAUGAAAAAAUCGAAAUCACCCGUUGGGAUGGAGAGACAUAAAUCUAUGCGAAAGAAACACGAGGCCUGGGAGAAAGAAGUGAAAAUGUUAAAGGAGAAACACAAAAAAGAAGAUGAACAGAAACAAGAACAGGAGAGAGAACUGAGAAAGAAGUAUGAGGAGCUGAAACAAGAUUAUGAUAAACAAAAACAAGAAAACGAUAUCAGAAAACAGAUGGAGGCAAAGUACAAAGAUGAACUGGAAGAGAAAUAUAAGAAGAAAAUUGAUAAACUCAGAGAAAAAUACGAGGGAGAAGCCAGAAAGAAAGCUGAGGAGUUCAAUGAAUUCAAAGAAAAAUACAGUCGAGAACUUGAAGCACAAAAACAAGGGCAUGAAAUACAGCUUAAAGAAAAAGAUAGCCAGUAUGAUGUGCUAAAGGCCCUGAAAGAGCUCAGCGAGAAGGAAAGCAGAGCAAAGCACCACAGGCAAAUCGUUGACUUGGUGAAAUGUGUCACCAGAAAGAAAGAACAUCUCAGAACAAUCAAGGAAAUGCUGACAAGACAUGAAGAGCAAAUAAAAAAAGGGAAAAAUACUCAGGAGACUGAAAACCUGCAGAAAUUUCAUGAGCGAGAAAUAGAGGAGUUGAUUCAGAAGCUUCUGGAUCACGAAGAUCCGAAGUCACCCUGUUCCAUUUCAUGA